GUUUCAUCACCUCAGUACAUUUCUUUUGCUAAUAAAACCCUUCACGGACCACCCAUUAUCUUUAUAUGCUCCCGUUUUUCCCUCUUGUAAUUGUGACCGUUGUGAUCUGAUUUUGCAACAUUUCAAAGAUAUUUGUAGAUAUUAACUAACUUUUGACUAAUUUGGCGAUGGCGCUGUGGAACAGACGUCCCUUUGAACGUGAAGUGGACACUUGGCGUGACUGGGAUCGCUUCGAAAAUCGAAUGAUGCGAGACAUGGACCGCUUCCAGCGUCACAUGAUGCCCUAUUGGAGAGACAUGGACCAUUCGAUUUUGGAAGUUGCGAAUCAGGCCCACGAGGUAGUUAAUGAUGACAAGAAGUUCGCAGUAUCGUUGGAUGUAUCGCACUUCAAACCCGAAGAACUACAAGUGCAUAUUGAUGGACGAAACCUCACCAUAGAGGGAAAGCAAGAAAUCAAAAACGAUCACGAACAUAUGGAAAGGUCAUUUGUCCGUAGCUGGACUCUACCCGAUGAAGUCGAUCUAGACGCCGUUCACACUCAGCUCACUGAAGUUGGACAUCUUUGCAUCGAAGCACCGAAAACUGGUUUGCAUACGAACCGCAGGGAACUACCAAUUAUGGCUCCUCCCAAAAAGAAGUAA